UCGGUGUGGAACAUCUCCGGGAGGCGCUGUCAGAUGACGCUUGCCCCAACUGUCGCGUCAUGCCCCGGUCGGUCAGACUGGAUCGGUUGGCUGCACUGGAGCAGCCUACCGACUGGGCGGGCGCUUCGCCGCGUGCUCGUUUGCCGAUGGAGAAAGCGGUGUGCAAACGUUCUACUGGGGCUGCACCUUCGGUACCGACAAAGCGUGCUAGACGGACCGAGGCAGGGAGGUUGUCCACGAAAGUGGAUCAUCUCACUGCUGAGCUGGCCCAAAUGAAAGCCCUCCUCCAGUCCUUUCAGACUGCUGGUGAUCGUGGCACGGCUCUCCCUACCGAGCAGGAUGAAACGUCAGUCAAUGACGACGAUGCUGUUUCCGUGGCGGCCUCUGGCACCCAUUUCUGUGAGGACCUUCCGGAGCUGGGCUCCGGGGCCUCUGGGUCGGACUCCAUUGCCUCUCAGGAGGAUACGGGGGAGUCUGUGACAUCCGCUAUUCGAACGGCUCUUGCCCGUUUACAAAUUAGUGUUCCUCAGGCCCAGAGGUGGUGGAGUGCAUCUGGAAGGUCUUUGGCAGGGCGGACGUGGACCUCUUUGCCUCAAGGGACGCAUUUCAUUGUCCCCUUUGGUUCUCGUUGGACAACAGCAGCCCUCUGGGCCACGAUGCUCUGGCACACGACUGGCCCCGGACCCUCCUUUAUGCCUUUCCGCCAUUCAGCCUACUUUUUCAGACUCUCCUCAGGGUACGUCAGGAGGGGCACAGGGUCCUGCUGGUGGCCCCCUACUGGCCAGCGAGGACUUGGUUUCCUCUACUGUGCGAGCUCAGCUCCGGCUCGCCAAUGCGUCUCCCCUCCAGGAGAGAUCUUCUUUCCCAGAUGGGGGGUCAGAUCUUGCACCCUGAACCAGACCGGCUCCAGCUCUGGAUUUGGCCCCUGCAAGGCCGGGGUCCACCUUCUCGAGAUACACUGGGUCCAUAGGGCAUACAAUGGCUAAUGCAUGGGCGCCGUCCACGCGAGCUGUCUAUGCUAACAAGUGGACGGUCUUUGCCACCUGGUGCCGUGAUAGAGGGCAGGACCCGGUUCAGUGUUCAGUUUCUGACAUACUGACCUUCCUGCAGGCAUUGCUGGACCAAGGACGGUCUCCAUCUACCUUAAAGGUGUAUGUGGCUGCCAUUUCCUGUUGGCAUGUUGGGCUGAAUGGUUGUUCUGUGGGCCGAGACAAGGAUGUUGUACUGUUUUUAAGAGGUGCUCGGCGUUUGCACCCACCCAACCGCCCUGUGGCACCGGCGUGGGACCUUUCUCUUGUGCUUGAGGCUCUUCGGUCCCUCCCAUUUGAGCCCCUGGCGUCGGCGGACCUCAAAUGGCUCUCACUGAAGACUGCGUUCCUUUUAGCUAUGGUUUCCGCAAAACGUGUAGGGGAGUUACAGGCUCUCUCGAUAGCCGAACCCUGCUGCCGGUGGAAUCCUGAUGGCUCAGGCGUUACACUGUGGGCUGACGUAGCGUUUAUUCCUAAGGUAUCACUGCCAGCAGGCAGCACCCAGCCUCUCCAUCUUGCCCGGUUUGACUCCGGAAGUCCCUCUGAACCACUGUGUCCUGUUCGUGCCCUUGAGACAUACAUCAAUGCCACGGCAUCCUUCCGAAAGACAAAUAGCCUUUUUGUUUGCUACGCUGGCUCACGGAAGGGUCAGGCACUUUCUAAGCAGCGACUUGCACACUGGGUUGUGGAUUUGAUCUCCAAGGCUUAUGCCUUGCAGGACCGGCCACUGCCGGCGGGAGUGAAAUGCCACUCUACAAGGGGCAUGUCGACAUCGUUUGCUGCUAUGACUGGGGUGCCAUUGGAUGUUAUAUGCCGUGCAGCCUCCUGGAAAUCACCUAGUACCUUUACUCGGUUCUACAGGGUGAAUGUGGCUGCGCCCCAUCCGCUUCAGGGAAUCCUCGAGCAGCAUGCCUCUACAUCACAUUAGGUGGGUGGUGUAGUCGUUGUUCCUUGAAUGUUGCUGAUUCCUCGUGACCUUGUUGAUAUGAGUCAUCCAGUGCUUGAAGCACCGCCUCUGGCGGUCAGUAGGGAUGACAUAGAACGAAAGUUACUACCGUAACUACGGUUCUAUGAAUCCCGGAUGACUGCCAGAGUGCUUGG